AACUUAAAUUUGGUUAUAGUGCUAUACUAGUAUAUUGUGUGUUUAGUCAAAACAGACACCUUCUUUUUUUGUUUUUAAUUCUUUUUUUCUCUUCUAUCUUCAUCAGAAAGUGAGCCAGCACAUAAAGCCACCGCACAACAAUCUAAAACAUUCUUUCUUGCACUAAGAGCAGCUGCAGACAAAGGAGGGUUUUCAGGAAAUUAAAGGAAUAAAGGCCAUGGAAGAAAUAUCAUCAUCACCAAAUACAUGCACAAGGCCAGUGUUGGAGAGAAAAGCAAGACCGCAAGAACAAUUAAACUGUCCAAGAUGUAAUUCAACAAACACUAAGUUUUGUUAUUACAACAACUAUAGUCUGACUCAACCAAGAUACUUUUGCAAGACUUGUAGAAGGUACUGGACAGAAGGAGGAUCUCUUAGAAAUGUUCCUGUUGGAGGAGGUUCUAGAAAGAACAAAAGAUCCACGUCUUCAGCUGCAGCAUCAUCAUCAGCUUCAUCGUCUAAGCUUCCUGAUCUAAACCCACCAAGUAUGUCACAGUUUGCUAAUAAGAAUAAUGAAGGUCAAGAUCUAAAUCUUGCGUUCCCUGCUAUACAAGAAAGUCAUCAUCAAGGUAUUUCUCAUUUUCUUGAAAUACCCAAAACCGAAAACAUCAUCAGCAACAACAACCAACAUAAUUCUUCUCCUUCUUCUUCAUAUACUUCAGCUCUGGAACUGCUAAGAACUGGAAUUGCUUCAAGAGGCUUGAAUUCUUUUCUUCCAACACCGAUGGCAGAUUCAAACGCUCUAUAUUCUUCAUCUGGGUUUCCUGUGCAAGAAUUCAAACCAACACUUAGUUUUUCAGUUGAAGGGCUAGGAAGUAGUAGAUUUGGAGUUAAUCAAGAAAAUGCAGGAGGAAGAAUUUUGUUUCCUUUUGGAGAGCUGAAACAGAUUUCAAGCACAACAGAAGUUGAUCAUCAAAAUAAAGGGCAAGAGAAUUCUUCUUCUUCCAAUAAUGGAUAUUGGAACGGAAUGUUUGGUGGAGGUGGUGGAUCAUGGUAAAGACAGACAAGCAGACCAAGAAACUACUUUAUCUUGUUUCUUUUUACACUUUUUUUUUUUUGGGG